UUGGCUGGCCUCUGUGAGGGCAGACAUCGCACAAUAAAUGCGUCUCUGGUGGACUGACUGACACAACUUUGCCGCUCAUUCCUGCGCCACCACCCGCUGGUGUCAGUCAUCUCAUUGAAGGAGAUUGAACCUUCAGCCCGCCGCCCCACACCCCACACCCAUGCCAUGCAGUGUCCGAAUUACACUCGUGUCAGUCAGUCGAUGGACGGCAAUCGACGCAGCGCAGCUGCCUGCCUGCCUGUCGGGGUGACAGAGAUGCGCACAGAACACACCUCAGUCUCACUCACUGUACUCAACGAAUUGCAGCCAUGCACACACACAAGCGGCCGAGCCACUCACUCCUGCCCACACACAUCAUCCGGCCAGCCAGUCCACAUUAAGUCACUCACUCGCUGACUCACGCAGACAGACAGGCAGAUGCUUUCAAAACUCUCUCAGAUCGAUGCAGGCAGCGCCUCCCUCUCCCGGUCCCUCACUCAGUACUGAAUUUCUGGUGUGUCUUGGUGCGGGCGGUCUAAUGGGUGUGUGUGUGUGGUCCUGAGGGGUGGGUGGAGUAGUUCGUUGAUGGGCAAGUUAGUCAGCCAGUCAGUCGUCGACGUGGCCGUUGCGCUGCUCCUCGCGGUCACGGUCGGCCUCCCUGAAUGAAAAGGAUUCCAAGGCAUACACACACAACACCCAAACGACGCGAAUAAGAACAAGUGCAUGUGAAUGCGUCUCUCUCUCUCUCUCUCUCUCCCCUCCUUACUUGUCUCGGUCGUCGCGUCGCUCAUCGCGACGGUCGUCAUCGUAGCCACGGUUGUCACGGUCACGAUCGCGGUCGCUGCACAUUACCGGAGAGCACCGUGUCAACACAAUACAACAAGGAGUCGGUGUCAAUCGUCGUCAGUGUCGUGUGUGUGUUGCUUUUCUGGCUCACGCGUCGCGUCCGGCGUCGUGGCCCUCGCCCCCGCGGCCCUCGCGGUCCUCAAACACCUGAAUCUCCACACACAGACACACACAACAGACAGCAAGAUGGACGCAGGCGAACGAGGCAGACAAAGCCAUGCAAGCACAGCACAGUUCAGGGCAGGUAGAGACCAGAGGCGGGCAGCACAACAGAGAGAUAGAUACAGAGGAAGAGAGCGACUCAGCCAGACAGACAGACAACACAGUGAAGUCAGACCAAUCAGCUACCGUGUCACCUCCUUCCUCCUCCUGUGGGCGAUGGGUGGAUGCCAUGUAUGACGCGCCCGCCCGCCCGCCAGAGGGGGAGGGGAUGGAGGGGAAUCAGGGAGGGAGGGAGAGGGACACACCACACAUAGGGGGCAGGGCAGGCAGGGCAGCACCAGUCACGGACGGCACGGCACGGCUGGCUCUUGUCCGGUCCAUCCCAUCCUAGGGUACGCACGGCAAGGCACAGCAAGGCACGGCAAGGCACGCAAAAGGUCUCUCGUGGGCUGGAUCCCUUGCUCUGCUCCAUCAGUCCAGCAGGCAGCCAGGCAUCCACCCAUCCAUUCCAGGUAGGCAGCCAGCAGCAAAAGCACGGUUGGAUGCAUCCAUCUAGUGAGCCCAAAAAAGCCUCGCUCGCUGUCUCUCGGCUCGUCCCAUGAGUCCAUGGAUAGCAUGGCUGGCGAUCCGAUCGGCUCGGCUCGGCUCCCUCCUGGGGGAAGGCCUUGUGUGUUCAUGUCUACGGAUCUCCCUUGCUUGCUCCUCCCUCUCUCAAUGGUCCUUAGAUGGAUAGAUAGGCCCCCUCUUCUCCCGCCCGGCAGCCACGGCAUUCACGGCACCACACGCAGGGGAAGGAAGGGCACGCAGGCAGGGAGGACGGGCCAGGCAGGAUGGCUCCAUCCCUCCCUCGGUCGUCGUGUGUGGCUAUGCUAUCCACCUACCCGUAUCUCUCCUGACGAGAAGGGGUUCUUGAACGUAGACCCAUUCAGACGCUUGAUGGCGUGAAGCAUGUCCUGCAGCCACCGCACGUCACAGUGUGAGGUGAGAGAUGCAUGGCGAAUGCGGCGUCGUGUGUGUGCCCUCCCGCGUGUUGCCUGCCCUGCCCAUCUCACUCACCUCCUCUCUCUCGUACUCAACAAUACCUUUCUGCAGCACACACAGCACAUACACACACAGGUGUUCGCUCAUCGAGGCUCCAUGCCUGUCCUGUAUCUGUGUGUGUGGUGUGGUGUGGUGUGGUGUGCGGUGCCUGCCUCGCUCACUCACUCCCUCACCCCGUGUUCGACGUUUGCGUAUCCGACGGCGCCGGCCGACCGCAUGUGGUCCUUGAGAUCCUGCCAACUGGCGCUGUCCGGCAACCCCUCCACUAUCACACGAUACUCGGUCCUGUACAUGUAAAGAACCACAUCAAACACGCAAACGCAGCUGAUGAGACCUCUGGGAGGGAGACGGGCGAGUGUGCAUGGGUGUUUCCUCACCGUUUGGGAGGGUUGGAUCCCUUCCUGAACCCGUCGUAGGGUCCGUUGCGCCGCGGGCGUCGCUCUCCUGUGAACUGGACCUUCAGGCGGUUACCGCCGAAGCGCAUCCCGUCACGCAUCUCCACCGCAUCACCAGCAUCCCUGUAGGCACACACCGCACACAACACACGGCAGAGCGUCAACGGUGGCGUGUGGUCCCUCUCUCCGUGCACUGUGUGUGUGGAUGUGUGUGUGUGUGUGUGUAUGUGUGUCUGACCGAGGGUCGCUGAACUCGACGAAGGCGUAGGCCGUGCCGUUGGAAGUGCGGCCAGUUUUGAUCUCGAUGUCCACGAUGCGGCCAAACUGGACACAGAGACACCCCACGCACAUACAGACGAUCAACAGACGGCGCAACACGCGCCAUUGUCCUGUCUGUGUCAGUGUCUCCGUCUCUCUCGCCAGCUGCCUUCCCACCGCCUCCUUCCCCGCCUCAUUCUCCGUCUCGCGUGUCCUCUGUGCAUCCUUGCUGCCUCCCUGCCUUUUCGGUGUGUGCUGUGCUGUGGUUACCUUGUAGAAGACGUCAUCGAGCUCCGACUCACGGACGUCGUCGGGCAGGUUGCCGAUAUAUAUCCUGGCUGAAUCGUUGCGCACCAUGGUGGCUACCAAAGCUCCUCAACUCCCGAUUCCUGCUUCCUUCU